UAAAUCCCACAUGCUGUAGGCUACAGAAUGACUGCGGCUGCUCUCCCACUCCAGACUUCUCUCUGAGAGGCAGCCCUCUCUUUAUUUUGUCUUCUCCUUCCCCUCUUUUUCUCUGCCAGACGUCAGGAGGUUACACAGGGCUCUUAUUUGGCCUCUCUUGUGUGGGAAACUGAGGGAAACGACUCCUCUCGCUGUUUUUUCAACCUCUUCCUCCUGUCUGCUUUUGAACUCUCUCUCUCUGGAUGUGACGGACCAUGCCGGUGGUAGGAGUAGCCUCCAAGCUCAGACAACCCUCAGUGGGCUCCAAGCCGGUCCACAGCGCUCUCCCCAUCCCCAACCCGGGCAGAACCGCUGCCACACGGGGGUACAUGGCCAGGACCCCAGAGCUGAGGGGGUCAGAAUCCCCCCUGCUCUCUUCCUGUCAGCUGUCACUCAAGUCAGAGUACCAGGAGAGGAGGACACAGCAGAAACAACAGGGACGGAGCAAGGAGACAGAGGAGAGUAAGAUCUGCAAGAUUUAUACAGACUGGGCCAACCACUACCUGACCAAGUCUGGCUGCCCUCGACUCAUCAAGGACCUGACCAUAGACAUUGCUGACGGAGUUCUGCUGGCAGAAAUCAUCCAGAUCAUAGCUAAUGAGAAAGUGGAGGACAUCAAUGUCAGCCCCAGGAGUCAAUCACACAUGACUGAGAAUUUGGACGCCUGCCUCAGUUUCCUGGAUGCAAGAGGAGUGAAUGUACAAGGGCUCUCCUCAGAAGAGAUCCGGAAUGGGAAUCUAAAGACCAUCCUGGGACUGUUCUUCAUCCUGUCACGCUACAAACAGCAGCAGCAACAGCAGCAGCAGUACUACCAGUCCCUGGUAGAGCUUACACACCAGACCACCGGGGCGGCGCCGGCCAGCCCCCUCAAAACGCAACCAGAGAUGCAGUCCAGUCUCACUGCGCGGUAUGGUAGCCCCCCGGGUCACAGCGGAAUAGGAGCAACACCACAGAAGAAAAACACAAGGUUGCCAGGGCCGACCAGGGUGUCCGCUGCAGGCAGCGGGGCCCCCAAGGGCCAAGGAUCCUCCAACCUCAACAGGAGGAGUCAGAGCUUUAACAGCAUCGAUAAGAGCAAGCCUCUCCAGUAUGCUAGUGGCAAUGACAGAGAAUCGGCAAAGAGCAUCCCUCUGCCUGGCAGCAUGAACGGAGGUGCCCAAGUGCCCACCAGCCUCAGCGGGCAGCAGCUGGCCUCUGCCAUCCCCUCCCCCACCGCCGGCAAGUCCUGGCGCAGCAAGUCCAUGAACAUGAAGCACAGUGCCACCUCCUCCAUGCUCUCGGUCUCCACCUCGCCCUCGCCCUCUCCCUCACCCACCCCACCCCCCGCCUCCGACCGCCUACGGCCCCCCAUGACUGAGGCGCCCAAGUCGGGCUCUGUCGCUGGCGGUGGUGCCUCCCAGAGAUCCAUGCUGGACAAGUUCCGGAUGAUCAACCCUCGCUCGGCCUCGCGGACUUCGCCGUCGGUGGCCGAGAUGGCCUUGCAGGAGGAGGAUGACAUGUCGGAGUACGGCGAGGAAGGGCUAAGUAUAACGGAGCCAAUGUCGUCAAUGUGUACUAGCAGCAGCAACAGCACCAAGCAGCUGGCCAAGACUGCCUCGCCCCCCUCCCUGGCAGCAGCCAAUAAGGGCUGUGUGAAGGGCGCGUCGCCCUCCAGCGGCGGCAGCAAUAAGUCCCUGCCCCAGCCCAAAGACAAGGAGGAUAAGAGCAGGAGCAAAGGAGGCAAGGCCAGCACCCCUCCCAAAGAGGAACAACGGGAACCCAUGGUGGAUCCAUCCAAGAAGACCUCUAAGAUCGCCAGCCUCAUCCCCAAGGGAGGCAAGCCUGCAGCGGGCAAGAAGGACAGCGCCAUCCCCCCUGCCUCCAGUGGAAUCCCCAAGUCUGGACUCAAGGCCCCCUCGGCUACGGGGAAGCCGGCCGGCGGUCAAGCCCAGACCCAGGCCACCCAGGGUGGUAGUGGAGGGGGCAGGGAAGGGGACAAGGCCAAGGUGGUUAAAGGGGGCCAGGGGGGCUACUACAUGCAGCAGCGCUCCCUGGGGGGCCUGGAGGGCCGGCGGAGCAACAUGGUGUCUUCCACCAGCACCUCUGCCCUGUCCCAGCCCCCCGGGGCCAUGGGGGGGAACGGAGCGGUGCAGCUCCCCCAGCAGCAGCAGCACAACCACCCCAACACAGCCACCGUCGCCCCCUUCAUGUAUAGGACGUACUCCGAGAACGACUGUACCACGGUGGCCCCCACAGACCACUGCCUCAGCCCCACCAAGGGAGACCUGGUCUACAGCAAGACUGCCAAGCAGUGCCUGGAAGAAAUCUCAGGGGAAGACCCCGAGACGAGACGCAUGCGGACAGUGAAGAACAUUGCUGACCUACGGCAGAACCUGGAGGAGACCAUGUCCAGUCUGCGGGGGACGCAGAUCAGUCACAGCACCUUGGAGACGACCUUCGACAGCACAGUGACCACAGAGGUCAACGGGCGGAGCAUCACCAGUCGCUCCGCCCCCAUGACCUCCUGGCGCCUCGGCCAAUCAGCCCCAAGCCCCCGCCUACAAGCAGGCGACGCCCCUUCUAUGCCCAGUACCUACACCACAGUCCCACCACCUCGGACGGGUGCCAGCACAGGUGGCGCCACUGGGCGGUACGGUCACUCGGACUCCUCCCGGUUUGUGUACAGUGCCCCCCUGAGGCGAGCGGCGACGGCAGGGGCGAGAGGGACCGAGCAGGGGGAGAAGGGAGGAGGGCCGGAGGGGAUGCUGGAGAUGGACGUGGCAGGGUACAUGAGCGACGGAGACAUCCUGGGGAAGAAUGUCAGGACAGAUGACAUCACCAGUGGGUACCUUACAGACGGUGGUCUUCACCUAUACUCACGGAACGUCGGUCGCGCCCCUGACCUGAACACGGCGCUAGAGGUCACCCAGAGGAUGGUCAAGGAGGUGCACGGGGACGCAGACAGUUGGGAUGACAGCAGUUCGGUCAGCAGCGGUCUCAGUGACACUGUAGAUAACAUCAGCACAGACGAUCUGAACACACCCACCUACCCUGCCAUCACAUCGUCACCACGCAAGAACAAGGCAGCCCAGGCGGACACACACCAGCAUGUGGAGCAGGAGGUCAGCAGCAGCUGGGCCGGAGCUGAAGAUCUGAAGAAGGUGGACGAGGAGCUGGAUGUCAGCAUGGAGCCCGGCUCAAAGUGGAAGCCUUCCUCCUCUGCCUCCUCGCCAGCUGGGCAGUGCGGUGAGGAUCCCGGGCAGAAGACGGGCCUACCCAUGUCCCAGACUGGCUCCUGGAGGAGGGGUAUGACUGCCCAGGUGGGCAUCACGCCCCCCCGGACCAAAGGCACCAGCGCCACCCUAAAAACCCCUGGUAAAACUGAUGACGCCAAGGCCUCAGAGAAAUGCAAGGCCCCCUCCAAGACCGCUGGCAUCCAGCGCUCGCCCUCCGACGCCGGCAAGAGCAGUGGCGACGAGGGCAAGAAACCCCCCUCGGGCAUCGCCCGCCCCCCCACCACUGGGUCGUUCGGCUAUAAAAAGAUGGCCAGCACCCCCUCCGGUGCCCUCAUCACGUCCAGUGGUGCCACCCUGGCCAGUGGCUCCGCCACCCUGGGGAAGGUGCCCAAGUCUUCGGCUAUCGGCAAGGGGACAGGGAUCAGCGGAGGCCGUAAGACCAGCUUAGAUGGCUCCCAGCCCCAAGACGAUGGGGUGCUGAUGGGCUGCGGAGGCUCCAAGGUGCCCCUCCAGUACCGCUCUCUGCCCCGGCCGGCCAAGUCCUCCAGCGGGGGUGUGGUGGGGCGCAGCGGCCACCGCUCCAGUUCCAGCAGCAUCGAUUCCAAUGUCAGCUGCAAGUCGGCCGGAGGAACGGGGACCAAGCGAAGGGACGCUGGGAAGGUGGGCUCGGGGCGCUCGAGCCCCAUCCCCAUCACCAUCAACCAGACGGACAAGGAGAAAGUGGCCGUGUCAGACCAGGACCCAGCAGGUUUAUCCACCUCCCCCAAGUCCAGCCCCACCUCCACGGGCCAGUCUGGCCUCAGGCAACCAGGGUCCAAGUACCCGGACAUUGCCUCACCCACCUUCCGCAGGUUGUUUGGCACCAAAGCCAGCAGCAAGGCCAGUACCCCAGGCACACCCGACUCAGGCAAGUGCCCCUCUGCGUUGGGCAGCCCUCAUGGCACAUUGGCGCGCCAGGCCAGCCUGGACUCUCCCUCCUCGGGCACGGGGAGCCUGGGCAGCGCAGGCGGGCAGAGCGGGGCUAGCAGCCCACUCUAUGGCAAGGCCCCUGACCUGGGCACUGAUUCGCCUGCCUCCAGCCCGGCGUCAGGCCUCUCGUUGCCCUCCAACGCCCGCCCCUGGCCCACCAACCUCAGCAGCUCCUCGGCAUGCUCUGGCAGUAAGGACACACUGAGCUGCCAGAGCAUGACCAGUCUGCACACCAGCUCCGAGUCCAUUGACCUGCUGCUGGGGCACCACCACGGCCCCAAAGUCACCCGCACGGCCAGCGUCAAGUCCACGCUUUCUGAGGGCAUGCCUCUUGACAGAAACACUCUCCCCAAAAAGGGACUGAGGUACCCUCCCUCGUCCAGACAGACGUCCCAUGAGGAGGGGAAGGAGUGGCUGCGUUCUCACUCCACUGGAGGGUUACAGGACACGGGGAGUCAGUCCCCUCUCUCCCCCCCUGGAGUUGCAUGCACAAGCACCGGAAAAUACCACUACUCCAACCUGCUGAGCCCCACCAACCUGUCACCCUACAACCUGCCAGGACCCAGCAGUAUGAGUCGCUCCAACAGCAUCCCUGCCCAGGACUCCUUUGACCUGUAUGGAGAAGCCCACCUGGGGGGCAGCGCCACCUCUCUGGAGGACAGACCCCGGGGCAUGAGCCGCUCUGGCUCCUUCAGGGACAGCACCGAUGAAGUCCAUGGAUCCUCACUGUCGCUGGUCUCCAGCACCUCGUCCCUGUACUCUGCGGUUCUUUCCUUUCUGGCCAAGACAGAGGAAAAGGCACAUUCUGAGGGUCAAACAGGCCAAAAUACCACGCAAAUCAGGAAGCUGCGACGAGAGCUGGACGCCUCCCAGGAAAAGGUUGCGACCCUCACAUCUCAGCUGUCUGCCAAUGCUCACCUGGUGGCAGCCUUUGAGAAGAGCCUGGGGAACAUGACCUGUCGCCUAACGAGCCUCACCAUGACAGCUGAGCAAAAGGAGUCGGAGCUGGCUGAGCUGAGAGAGACCAUCGAGGCGCUGAAAGCCCAGAACACAGACGCCCAGACAGCCAUCCAAGUGGCCCUCAACGGCCCCGACCACCUACACAAAGAUCUGCGGAUUAGGCGGCAACACUCGUCGGAGAGCAUGUCCAGCAUCAACAGUGCAGCCAGUCACUCGUCCCUGGGCAGCGCCAAAGACCUAGAGGACAAGAAGAAGAAGAAGAAGAGCUGGGGAAAAGAGAGAGGCAACAAGGUGGCUGAUUCCAUCCCAGCACAGUUGCGGAGCUCGUUCAAGCAGGCCUUCAGUAAGAAGAAGGGCAACAAGCCUCAGUCUCCCCACGACGACAUCGAAGAGAUGACAGACUCAUCGCUGCCGUCCUCGCCCAAGCUACAGCAUGCUAACAGACAGGACAGCUUCCCAACACUACUCUCCUCAGCCUCUACCACAGAUAACAAGUGCGUUUGUGAUAGCAAGCCCCUCCCCAUUUGGAUGUCAAAGAGAAGGCUAAACGGUCAUGUGGUCUACAAGCACAGAUCUCGGCUGUGUGAGUGCACGGAGGCGGAGGCGGAGAUCAUCCUGCAGCUGAAGAACGAGCUGAGGGAGAAGGAACUGAAGCUGACAGACAUCCGCCUGGAGGCUCUUAGCUCCGCCCACCACCUGGACCAGAUCCGAGAGGCCAUGAACCGUAUGCAGGUGAGGAACCAGAAUGAGAUCGAGCUGCUGAAAGCGGAAAAUGACCGGCUCAAGACGGGAGGCACCACGCCAGCCGCCACGCCAGCCAAGAUGGGCCGGCCACCCUCUGAGACCUCCAGCACAUCCUCGUCCUCCUCGCGCCAAUCUCUGGGCCUGUCCCUCAACAACCUCAAUAUUACAGACACCAUCAUGUCAGAUAUUCUCCUGGACGAUGGUUAUGAGGGCAAUCUACGCAAAGAGGGGCGCAGUGUCCGCAUUGUGGUCACAAUCAACAGUGGCUCCAAUAAGACCAAGGGUAUGCAAAGCCAGGAGUACCUCAUUGGUUCCAUCGGCGUGAGCGGAAAGACCAAGUGGGAUGUGCUAGAUGGAGUAAUCAGACGAUUAUUCAAGGAGUACGUGUUCCGGGUGGACCCACUGACCAGUCUGGGGCUGAACUCAGACAGUAUAGUCAGCUAUAGGAUGGGGGAUGUGGUGCGGGCCCACGCCUCUGAACUGCCUGAAAUGCUGCCCUGUGGCUACCUGGUGGGGGACAACAACGUCAUCAGCGUCAACCUCAAAGGUGUGAAGGAGAACAGCAUAGACAGCCUGGUAUUUGACACCCUCAUCCCCAAGCCCAUCGUCCAGAGAUACCUCAACCUGCUCAUGGAGCAUCGCCGCAUCAUCCUCUCUGGCCCCAGCGGCACCGGGAAGUCCUUCCUGGCCAGCAAGCUGGCGGAGUUCCUUGUCACCAAGUCUGGUCGAAAGGUCACGGAGAGCAACUUGGCUAGCUUCAAUGUGGACCAGAAAUCCAGCAAGGACCUGCGUCAGUACCUAUCCAGCCUGGCAGAGCAGUGCAACACUGAGGAGAGCGAGACGGAGCUGCCCACCGUGGUCAUACUGGACAACCUCCACCACAUCGGCUCACUCAGCGACAUCUUCAACGGAUUCCUCAACUACAAGUACCACAAAUGCCCGUAUGUGAUUGGAACCAUGAACCAGGGAGUGUCUUCCUCUCCCAACCUUGAGCUUCACCACAAUUUCAGGUGGGUGCUGUGUGCCAACCACACAGAGCCGGUCAAGGGUUUCCUGGGCCGAUUUCUGCGCAGGAAGCUGAUCGAGACGGAGAUCAACAGGAACAUGCGUAGCAAUGACCUCAUCAAGGUCAUCGACUGGAUUCCCAAGACGUGGCAGCACCUCAACGGCUUCCUGGAGGCCCACAGCUCCUCGGACGUCACCAUCGGUCCCAGGCUCUUCCUGUCCUGCCCCAUGGAUGCAGAUGGCUCGCGGGUGUGGUUCACUGACCUAUGGAACUACUCCCUGGUGCCUUACCUGCUGGAAGCCGUUAGAGAAGGGCUCCAGCUGUACGGCAAGAGGGCUGCGUGGGAGGACCCGUCCAAGUGGGUGAAGGACACCUACCCCUGGAGAUCUGCCUCCUUGCAGCAUGACAGCCAGGCCCUGCUCCAGUUACGGCCAGAGGACGUGGGCUAUGACGGCUACAGCUCCUCCAAAGAGGGCGCCUCCUCCAAACAAGUGUCACAGAGUGACACGGAAGGAGACCCACUGAUGAACAUGCUAAUGAGGCUGCAGGAGGCGGCCAACUACUCCAGCGCGCAGAGCUGCGACAGCGACAGCGCCAGUCACCAUGACGACCAGCUGGACUCGUCGCUGGAGUCGGCGCUCUAGACGAGAGCUCGGAGAGGAGACCUCAGAUGGAGUGACGGAGCGGAGCGCUUUUCAGCGUGGCGUCAGCGAGACGUGGCGGCUCGAACACUUCCAGGCACCCCACACAUAACACAGAGAGAUGUGUGUAGUCAGGAGAUGUCUGUUAGCAGGGUCGGGGGGAGGAAGCCCUCUGACAAAAUGGAGUAGAUUUUUGUGUAUGGUGGUUGAGACACAGUCCUCCAUUUCUCCACUGGAUGUGGCAUCCCAGAAUGCAGGCUGCACGUACACAGUGAGAGACAAUUAUGUCUGUGGUUCUACACCAUACAACUGGAAUUGACAUUAUAGUUUUAUUUAUGUUGAUUCACAGUUGUUGUAUUAACUACGGAUGUUUACAAGGGCCAAAUUCGGGUUUUGUUUACUAAGGUGCUGAACAAAAAAAGGCACGUAUCCCUCCCGUCAAACCCUGACCUCAGACGAGCCACAUGGUGCUGGUCCCGUGCUUAAACCUGUCCCUAGUUUACAGGCAACGCCAAGACCCUCCGUACACCCCUCGCCAACAAGCACAAAAAGAGCACUGUGUGUCGUCCAACCAACUGCUACUGUGAAACAAUGGACAAGUGCCCGUGUUACCGUAUGAUAUACUGCCAAGGGCACUGCAACGUGUCUGUCCACAUCCACAGAGUCCUUUUAGGCUUUUCACACUAGCAGACCUGUUGUUCACCCUUUCCUUAAAAGAUGGACAGCACUAUACCAACAGAUGGGUGCUGAAGGGAGGGGUGGCUCCUUCAAUCCAAGGGCCAGGUCAAGAACAGUACAAGCCUGAUAUUGGUGCUUUCUCAAUGCAAAGCUCUGAGACAGGGGUGUAUUACUUCAGCCUUUGGCUCCCUGCUGACCAUCCUGAGUGGAUAGGAGAUUGACAGGAACACACACUUCCUGACACACAACCAUUCAAAUGAAGUGGUCCCGUAUCGUCUCAGUGGGUGCUUUAAUUUCAGUACAGUAAAGGAGAGUUUUAUAACUACUUUUAGGCCAAAAUAUCUCACAGAUCCUGUCAAAGUAUGUUCCCCAAAACCAUCCACUUUUGUUUCUGACAGUAAUAUUGUACAAGCAAAAUGGUUGUUAUACUGUAUUUGCAAGUGGAACUGACCAAUUGUAUAAAAGUUCAAAGGGGUGGGCAUUUUUUUAGUUGUUGCUUUUACCCAGUUGAGCUGGGUUCACUUGAACUGUCAUGAGCACAACCCGACCCUUUUGAUUUUAUAGCCUAAGGAGCAUGUUUUAAGCUUUCUAGGGGGGAACAUUUGAAGGAGACUUUUCCUUUUACAUAACAGCGUGUGGUAGGGACAGCAGCCAUUUUGGAUUUGGAUUGUCCUUUUCCUCCAUUAAUGAGUGGGUUGGUUUUGCACAGUUAAAGUGGGGGUGUAAAUAAUAAAGUAUUGCACAGUGAAUCAGAGAUGCGUUCUUCCCUGUUGAUGUUAUAUUACGCUUUAACUCGCUGAGAAUUAUUGUACGUUGCAAAAAAAAAUACAAAAUAGAAAUGCAAAAAACCAACAAGCUGUCAGAAACAGGUGUAUGUCUUGUGGUGAUUGGCUGUCUUGCCUAUGCAGGAGACAUACGAUGUACAGGAUGAUAUUAUCAUUUUAACCGCUGUAUAUUAAUGUUCACUAAAUCACUGAUUUGAGGAGCAAACCAUUCAAUUUAUCAAGAAAAGCAAAACUGGUCAUUGUCACAGAUUUCCCUUUUGUGUAUUCUCUGGAACUAGCAUUUGGUGACUCAUCCCCCUAUUCAACAGGCGAAAAUUCACAAAGCAUUACACUGUAACAUUUCUGAAUAUACUUUCAUUCAGUCUUGUAUUCGGUUUUAGUAGAAUCAGAUUUUUUUUUUGUCAUCCCAUUCUGGAGGUACUCUUUUCCUGCUGUUGUGCUAUUUACAAUUCCAAAUAACAGGUGCUACUGGUCAACUAAAUCUAUCAGAUUCCAUUUUCUGCAGAAAAUGUUGUCACAACCUCAGGACAAGCUCUUGUUGUCAUCACUUGGCUGUGACAAAUGUCUUUUUAUUUUGUUUUUGCACUCAUCAUUGUUGGUCUACCCCAUCAGCCUUACACACACACACACACACACACACACACACACACACACACACACACACACACACACACACACACACCUACACACCACACACACCUACACACACCUACACACCUACACACACACCUACACACCACACACACACACACACACACACACACACACACACACACCACACACACACACACACACACACCACACACACCACACACACACACACCUACACACCACACACACCUACACACACCUACACACACACACACCACACACACCACACACACACACACAGUCGGUAAGACAUAGCUCCCCUCCAACACAGCAGACAUCUCGUCACUCCUCCCUGCUCCCCUAGGACACAAUCAGUUGCCUAGUUAACCAGAUGUUUUCACAACACAACCAGUUGCCUAGUUAACCAGAUGUUUUCACAACACAACCAGUUGCCUAGUUAACCAGAUGUUUUCACAACACAACCAGUUGCCUAGUUAACCAGAUGUUUUCACAACACAACCAGUUGCCUAGUUAACCAGAUGUUUUCACAACACAACCAGUUGCCUAGGUAACCAGAUGUUUUCACAACACAACCAGUGUACCAUUAUGUCAUGGUGACACCAUACAAUCUCAAUGACAUCUUAGUUGGAAACAUCGCAUUUACUGCUUUCAGAGAAUCUUUUUUCUUUAAACAUUUGUCCUUAAAUGUUUUAUAUUUUGUACAUUUGUAUGUAACAUAUCGUGUAAAUAGACAGAGACAGCGAUUUAAAUCAUCUGGAGGGAUUUUGUAGUCUUUGUAAAGCCCUAAUAAAUGGUAUUUGGUGUCACAUGAGCAAA